GCCACAAGCCGGACGCAAGUCGCAAGGGCACAGAAAUCGAGAAGACACACACGCGUGCUGUUUUCACAAUCCUCUUUCCACGCCCAUAAUAUCAUUCUGCAGCGCUGGAGCAAAGCGUGCAGCUCAGGCCUCCGCGUUUAACCUCAAACCCCCACCGCCCACACCGCACGCACCGACCCUGAACGCUCAAGGUGCACAGCUGCAGAAGCACAAAUACGCCGUCGCGAAUUAUUAAUCGCGACCAUGGACGCUGCGGGCCUACGUGACCGCAUCCAGGCCACACUCGACCCUAAUGCUGCUAUCCGUCAGCAAGCUGAGCUUGACCUGAAGCAUGCCGAGGAGCAGCCAGGCUUCACUGACGGCCUGCUGAACGUUCUCCAGCAGGAGCAGGACCCUGCUAUCCGAUUGUCGACUGUCGUUUACCUGAAGAAUCGCGUCUCCAAGGGUUGGUCGCCCGCCGAAGAGUACAGCCAGGCCAAGCCGAUACCAGAGGAAGAGAAGACUUCUUUCCGCGACCGACUCGUACCAGUUCUCGUUGCCUCGCCGCCGCAGAUUCGCCUGCAACUUAUCCCGACCCUCCAGAAGAUCCUCGCAUACGACUUCCCUUCAAAAUGGCCCAACUUCCUCGACAUCACCAUCCAGCUGUUGAACGCCGGAGAUAUUGCAUCAGUUUUUGCCGGUGUGCAGUGUUUGUUGGCGAUAUGCAAGAUCUACAGAUUCAAGUCGGGGGAGAACCGGGCGGACUUCGACAAGAUCGUUGCUAUGUCGUUCCCACAAUUGCUCAACAUUGGUAACUCGCUGGCCGGUGAGACGAGCUUGGAGGCUGGAGAAAUCCUCCGCACAGUCUUGAAGGUGUACAAACAUGCUAUCUACUUCGACCUGCCCGCCUCUCUUCGCGAACAGCAGACCAUGGUUGGGUGGUGCACACUGUUCCUGACCGUUGUUGGCAAGGAGCCACCAGAGACAUCUAUGGUCGAGGAUCUCGAUGAGCGCGAGGUCAACCACUGGUGGAAAGCUAAGAAGUGGUCAUACGCAAAUUUGAACCGUCUCUACGUCAGAUAUGGUAACCCAUCGGCGUUGGGCAAGAACAACGAGGUCGAUUACACCGAGGUCGCCAAGAACUUCAUCGCCAAUUUCGCACCCGAGAUCCUCAAGGUCUACCUUCAGCAGAUCGAGAAGUGGGUUGGCAAACAGGUCUGGCUGUCAAAGGCCAGUCUGUACUACACCCUGAACUUCUUGGACGAAUGCAUCAAGCCCAAGUCCAUGUGGACUCUGCUCAAGCCACACACUGACAACCUCAUUUCGCACCUUAUCUUCCCCGUCCUGUGCCAGUCAGAUGAGGACAUCGAGCUGUUCGAUGAGGAGCCGCAGGAGUAUCUGCACCGAAAGCUGAAUUUUUACGAAGACGUCACCGCACCCGAUGUUGCGGCCACGAACUUCCUCGUCACACUCACCAAGAGCCGGAGAAAGCAGACUUUCACCAUUUUGAACUACAUCAACGAGGUCGUAAACCGAUACGAGGCUGUGCCGGAUGGCGAGAAGAACCCCAGAGAGAAGGAAGGUGCGCUGCGCAUGAUUGGAACACUUUCUGGUGUUAUCCUGGGCAAGAAGAGCCCCAUCGCCGACCAGGUCGAAUACUUCUUCGUUCGCCACGUCUUCCCCGAAUUCCGCAGUCCUCAAGGCUUCCUCCGUGCGCGUGCCUGCGAUACCCUCGAGAAGUUUGAGCAGCUUGACUUCAAGGACCCCAACAACCUCAUCAUCAUCUACCGCAACAUCCUCGAGUCCAUGGCCGACCCUUGCCUUCCUGUGCGCGUGGCCGCCGCCCUGGCUCUUCAGCCCCUCAUCCGCCACGAUGUUAUCCGCACCAACAUGAAGACAAACAUUCCCCAGGUUAUGCAGCAGCUUCUCAAGUUGGCUAACGAAGUCGAUGUGGAUGCUCUGGCCAACGUCAUGGAAGACUUCGUCGAGGUCUUUGCCCCAGAACUGACACCGUUCGCGGUCGCACUUAGUGAGCAGCUUCGCGAUACUUACCUCCGUAUCGUCCGCGAGCUCGUAUCCAGAAACCAGGAGAAGGGCGAGGACAGCGAAUAUGGCGACUUCCUGGACGAGAAGAGUAUCACAGCGCUUGGUGUCCUGCAGACCAUUGGUACCCUGAUCCUCACGCUUGAGAGCACACCGGACGUUCUCCUGCACCUCGAGACUAUUCUCAUGCCUGUCAUCACGAUCACGCUUGAGAACAAGCUCUACGAUUUAUACAACGAGGUAUUCGAGAUCAUCGACAGCUGCACGUUUGCUGCCAAGAGCAUCUCACCGACCAUGUGGCAAGCUUUCGAGCUCAUUCACAGGACAUUCAAGGCUGGUGCCGAACUGUACCUUGAAGAUAUGCUGCCCGCUCUGGAGAACUUCGUUAACUACGGAACCCAGACUCUUGUGCAGAACCGGGCUUACCUUGACGCUAUGAUCGACAUGGUUCGCACCAUCUUCAAGGAUGACAAGGUUGGAGGUGUCGACCGCAUCUGCGGUUGCAAGCUCGCCGAGAUCAUCAUGUUGAACAUGCGCGGUCACGUCGACGACUACGUUCCAGAGUUCCUCUCACUUGCCAUGCAAGUCCUGACAAACGAUGAGCCCAAGGUCAAGUCCCUUCGCAUUCACCUAAUGGAAGUCAUCAUCAACAGCAUCUACUACAACCCCGCUCUUGCGCUUCACGUGCUUGAGGCAAAUGGCUGGACGAACAAGUUCUUCAGCUUGUGGUUUUCGAGCAUCGACAACUUUACAAGAGUUCACGACAAGAAGCUGUGUAUCUCGGCUAUCUGCGCGCUGCUCACCCUGAACGCCCAGAGCGUCCCAGUCAGUGUCCAGCAGGGCUGGCCUCGUCUACUGCAGGGUGUCGUGCGAUUGUUCCAGACCCUGCCGGCUGCUCUGAAGAACCGUGAGGAAGCCAAGAGGGAAGACAACUUCGACUUUGCAAAUGAGUACGAGGAUGACGAGGAAGACGAGGAGUGGGAACAGGAAGCUGACUGGAACAAUGAGGCCGACGAAGAGGAGAUUAAGGACGAGAGCGCCGCUUACCUUGAAUUCUUGAACGAAGAGGCCCAAAAGUUCGGCAGCGUCGACGAUGAUGAUGACGACGACGAACUCGAGGAAGAGAGCCUUCUUGAGACACCCCUCGACAAGGUCGAGCCAUACAGCAUGUUCAAGCACGCACUGCUCCAGCUUCAGCAGGAACAGCCUGCGCUGUACGAGAACCUCACAAAGAACCUCAAUGCCGAGGAGCAGCAAGUCGUACAAGGCGCUGUCCACCAAGCCGACGUCAUCGCACAGGCUCAGGCCCAGGCAGCUGCCGCCGCUGCCAACGGCAACCCGGUACCUCAGCAGUAGAAUGGCUAGGUUCUUGUCCCGGCGAACGAAAAAUCAUACAUAGCUUCUCUUUCUCCAAAGGCAUUGGAUUCCCAUUUCCGUUUUCUUCGUUUAGCGAGCAUUAUGUGGCACACCCCCCUGGCGUUUUGUUGAUAGAGACGGUUCGGUGGAUGCCUUGGCGGUUGGGUUGAUUCGGCGUACCUGUCUUGUCUAGGAUGGAGGAUAUCCCUGUGGAAAAGAGGAGGAAAGGAGGAGAAAAGAGAAGGAAAGAGCAGGAAAGGCAGAGGUGUACAGUGGAGUGGGCAACCACAUCGAGGCGCUAGGAGGACAGAAGAAAAGGAGAAGGAAGUGACCAGCUGACUGAAAGCCAGCAAAGGUGCACUCUGUUAUAGGUUUAGAAAGAC